AUGAAAUUGUCGUAAUUUGUGAAAAAAGCUUCAAACUUGCUUUGAACAUCAAUAAAAAUAUUAAAUUCCCAGAAAUAAUACAUAUACGUACUAUGACAGUGAUCGUAUUUAUUUGAUAUACGUAUAUAUUCAAAUUCUGGAAUCGAAAAACACAUGACCCAAUAAAGUAUUGCACAAACAUGACAACAGAAGAUGACAUAUCAUUAAGAGUGGAAAUGGGAAGGUUGGAAAUUGAACCAAUAAAACUGUUAAAAAAUGUCAAAGAAGAGAACCCAUUCUCAAAUCCUUUGCAAAAAAAGAUUUCCCCAAAAACAUAUACACAGAGUAGUAAAUGUAGUUGUAUGGUACAAAAAAAGAAAAAUGUUUCUAUUUACAAAAAGAAGCACAGCAAGCUGUUGAGGGAUCCUGUUUUAAGAUUAUCACACAGCAACAGUAGCCUGAGACAUGAAUGUCAACAUUUGUUCAGUAAAGAAAUAACACCAGCUUAUGCAUCCCAAAAGUUUCAACCUGACACCUGUUUACACACACUGGUUGAUAAUUGCAACCAACUUAGUAUAUCAACUGAGAAGAAUCAAACUUCUUUAGCAAAUAAGUCAAACAGUGUGAAAUGGUGGAAAUGUGAAAUUCCAAGUGAAAGACGUUCCAGAGAUGUCCCUUCAGAGAGAAGUGCCUCAUGCUCACAACAAGCUCUUAACCCACCUUGUGAUAUAACUAUUGAUGAACUAGCAAGCUACUUUGAAACACUAGUUCAUAUACCAAAAAAGAUGUCCUCAAUGGCUGAAAUGAUGUAUAUCUAAUGAUAAGUGUAUUUUUUUUAAGUAUUGUUCAGUGGUCCAUAUUUUACUCCAAAGUAAUUAUUUUAAUGUUAUCAUAAGGUUUCUAAAAUUUCUAUAGAAACAAAUAAUGGUCUAUCAAAGCUCUAUUGUGAAAGGGCAAUGAAGAUUUUUGUAUGGAUCCUGGCUUAUCUAUCCCCCCCCAUUUCGAUUUUUAUUUCAGAAUCACUUUCACAAAUAAUUCUUUUAAGAACGGAUAGUUAAAUUCAUUACAAACACUAAAUAGUCUUUGUUAAAAAUUCUUAAAGUGAUGUAUUUCAAAGAUAUAAGCUUUCUAAGUUUUAAUUUUCCUUUUUCUCUUCAAUGUAAAUGAAAAUCUUGUUCUGUAGUAAAUACUUACUUUGAAGAAAAUACACAUCCGCGUUUAAAAACAAAACAACAGCGUUUUUAAUUUUGUAUAUAUUUUGCUAGACAAUGAAAGUGUGGUACACUUGGAUGCUUUGCUAAUUCUAUAUGCUUAACUUGGUAUCGGCACGCGGCGCCAUCAAAAUGCCGUCCACGAUCUUCCUGCUGCAUUUCAAGAUAGUUUGUUUGAAUCAUUUGAAGAGGAAUAAUGCUUAUUAUUAGCGCAGUAUUUAAUAUUGUGUACUAGCUAUUGCCUGCUACUUCGUCCGCGUUAAUACAUACUCGUCAUAAAUUCUAAACAUUAGGUCCAAUUUGAGUUAGUUGAAUUUCGAUUGUCCCCGAGUUCUGAUUGAAAAAUUUGAACAAUAAGCUGUGAUUUUACUUAAUUGUAGUAGUUAGACGUAUAGCCUCGCGGUCUUUUUGCCGCAAUAAUGAGUAAACAUAUAGCACAUUAUUUUUACUUUUCAUUAAUAAUUUUCGCGGCGAACGCCAGUAAAGUAUCUGUAUGAUUUUCCCGACCUCUUUAACAAUCAUCUUUAUAGUUGAGCCAAUUUACAGAUAAAUAUGAAUUCAUUGGUAAAAACUAUGAAAAUCCGUUCGGUAGUUUUUGAAUUUUUCCCGCCCAGACAGAUAGACAGACGCGGCCCUUCCGCGUCUGUCUAUCUUAUAAUACUUUGUUUUAUUAAUAUGCAGAAAACAUAAUUAAUCGUCAUUACUAGUUAAUUGAAGCUGUGUUAGUUUAAUGGGUAAGGCUUCGGCAGGCUUCCCUUUCGGAGGACCGAGCUCAAUCCCGCACCUUUAACUAUUCGGAGCUAUGCGCGUUUUUAUUUUUUUUUGUUACGAUAAUACACAUAUCGCCAUAUAGCCCCAAAGUAAGCGUAGCUUGUUUUUUUUUGGCUACUAGCAGAUAGAACUCAGAAAGUAGGUUACUGCCCAUUGCGUCAAUCGGCAGACAGAUUUUCCAACUACGCGGAAGAUCUUCUUCUGUCCCUGGGCCGUUUCCGCAUUUGGUUGGUCUGAAACCGUUCGUUGUACGACUGAUGCGGCUCCCCACUGGAUCACUCCAGCCAGCCGAGCUCACUCCACUUAAUAGGCCGCCCAGGCCACCAACUGCUUUAUGGAGUGUUGCUGAGGAGCCAAGGUGUGAUGCGCGUUUUUCUGCUACUCAAUUGCAUUGACGCAUUACGUGUAUCAGCGUUUCAUCUGUCUCCAUGCAUGAUGUCUAAUGUUGUGCGCGGAAGAUAUUAUAGUACACAAAUGUAUGCGCAAACGUUGGUGAACUCUUUCAUAGUUUAAUGGAACGGCAGAUCUGACCAACCGGAUCCGGCGCAGGACCGUUAGCUUAACGUGCUCUCUGAGGCACGGGGUUGAAUCUCCGUCAAUUUCUAAACUCCGGGCUCGUACUAAGAAUUGUUAAUCGAAAACCUCAAUACUAUUUGGGCAUUGGCUGGAAUUUGCAAUAAGGCAUUUCAUUAAAUAUCCUUAAACUUCUUACGGCGUUUGAUUUCUUAUCAAAAGUUAAAAAAAAAAAA